AUGACUCCAUUGCAGCUGAUUAGAGUUUUGAUAGUGGCGUGUGGUUGCAGUCUCGCGAUUAGCGCUAACUUCACUCUGGAUAAUGAGAUUCAGUCCAGCUUCAUCCAGCAGCGACUCAAGAGCCAAGAGCGCAGAGAGAUGCAGCGGGAGAUCCUCUCCAUCCUCGGGCUGCCCCAACGGCCCCGUCCCCUUCUCCACGAGAGACACACCGCAGCUCCCAUGUACAUGCUGGAUCUGUACAACGCCAUCCUGGAGGAUGGAGGGCAGCGCAGCGGUUACGCGUACUCUUAUGAACCGGUUUACACGACCCCGGGACCCCCGAUGGUGACCCAGCAGGACAGUAGCUUUCUGAAUGAUGCAGACAUGGUGAUGAGUUUUGUCAAUUUGGUGGAUUCAGAGGAAGACUUCCAUCUGUAUCAUCAGCACUGCAGAGAGUUCCGUUUUGACCUCUCUCGCAUCCCAGCUGGAGAAACCGUGACUGCUGCAGAGUUCCGUAUCUACAAGGACUUUGUACACGAGCAUUAUGAAAAUGAGACAUUCCAUGUCAGUGUGUUCCAGGUGCUCAAACGGCAGCCCAAAAGGGAGCUCUACCUGCUGAACUCGCGAGUAGUAUGGGCAGUGGAAGAGGGAUGGCUGGUAUUUGACCUCACAGUAACCAGUAACCACUGGGUCAUAAACCCAGGUCAGAACCUGGGACUACAGCUCUCUCUGGAGACAGCACAUGGUGAAAGUAUGAACCCCAGGAGAGCAGGGCUGGUGGGCAGAAGUGGACCCCAGGAUAAGCAGCCAUUUAUGGUGGCGUUCUUCAAAGCAUCAGGAGUCCACCUCCGUAGUGUCCGGUCAACAUCAGGAAACAAACAGAGGGGUCACAACCGCUCUAAAAACACCAAACCUGGUGCUGCACCCAGCCAGGUGGCCCUAAAGACAGCUGAAUUCACAGAUGGUGCUAGCGUUGACCCCAAACAGGGUUGCAAGAAACAUGAACUCUAUGUCAGUUUCAGAGACCUGGGAUGGCAGGAUUGGAUCAUUGCUCCAGAGGGUUAUGCUGCAUACUACUGCGAGGGAGAAUGUGUUUUCCCCUUAAAUUCAUAUAUGAAUGCCACAAACCAUGCUAUCGUUCAGACAUUGGUUCAUUUCAUUAACCCAGAAACAGUCCCAAAGCCCUGCUGCGCUCCUACUCAGUUACACGGAAUCUCCGUCUUGUACUUUGAUGACAGCUCCAACGUUAUAUUGAAAAAGUACCGCAACAUGGUAGUCAGAGCCUGUGGAUGCCAUUAAGUCACUACUACUGCCCUUGGCAUUGGGAAAUGGUAGGGACUAGGGGUGCACCGAUCGGUCGGCCACCGAUCGAAAUCGGCCGAUAUUCGUCUUAAAUCCGUGAUCGGCGACCGUGCCUAGAAUCAGAGCUGAUCUUUUUUGCAGCAUGCAGGGAAUCACACAUACACUGAUCCUCUAAUGAAUGAGCACUUGCUCAGCCCUUGAAGCAUGACAGUGUGGCCUUUGGAGGGUGAGUUGUUGGCAAUUCUAAGCAUUCACAAAUGUAAACUUUCAGACAUGAUGUAAUUCACAUGAAUAUGCCGUUUUGUUGUAAUUUUGUUUUUAAGAAUUACACGUGUAUGAAUAUUAAGUUGCCCAUUUUCUAGAGUCAAUACGGUAAUUACUCUGACUCGUUGCACAGUUAGCAGGAAGAGGAUAAAGAGGCUGCUAAUGGGUAUAAAAACUAAUUAAACAACAAAUAAACAUGCAAAUACAAAUCUGAGUGCACGUGAUGUAAUGCGAGUCGUGACAAUCAGACAUUGUGUGGCGCGAUAGAGACUGUUUGAGCCUUCAUGAGUGCUUUUAGCUGUACUCUCUUUAACAUGAUUGCUCACUGUGUAAAUCAAACAUGCGGCUCACAAGGUGCUCUCAAUAUCUCAUCAUCAGUCACUCAUCCCAGCUCUAUUCUGUGAGGAUCCCAAUUUAAAUCAGAUUAAUGUUGGUCAUAUUACCACUAAUAACAGAUGUAACUGUUUAACCUUCCAUAACGGCAUCACAUCUUCACGCAUUUGCUUAAUAAUUAGUGAUUUGUGUUACAACAAGAUGCCAAAGACAGUAAACAAAUCAUAGAUAUUAAUGAUUUCUCACUGGAGCAGUUUUAGAGCUUGUAAUGGACAAUAUUUUUCUUAUUUUUGAAAGUAUCUCUACUGUGUGUGAUGCUCUCAUGGUUUUUGGUUGCCAGUAUGUCACAAUGACUUUUUGACAUUAGCAACAGAACUAUUAAUAACUGUAUUCAAUACA